GGGGGAGGCGUUUGGCUCGGCGAAGACGGGGAGUGAACGAGCAGAGAGGGUAAGAAACCAGCGGAUCUGGCCCUUUAAAUCACCAAUACAGCGCAUUCGGAGAGACAAGCCAAUGUGAGCUCAGCUGCCGUCCGGCUCUGUCGUUUUGACUUGGCAACUGUUUCGCGGCCCUCCGUGCACCGCUCAGAUCUCCAUCCAGUCACAUCUGUGUUCAGAGAGAGUCCUGUCUGCCUGCCAUCAGUCAGUUUUCUCCUGUGUUGGUGUAUUCUGAUGGAUCAGUAUGUCUACCACUAAUAAUAUCGCCCAGGCCCGGAAACUGGUGGAACAGCUGAGGAUUGAGGCAGGGAUUGAACGCAUUAAGGUGUCUAAAGCAGCAGCAGACCUGAUGAGUUACUGUGAGCAGCACGCUCGUAGCGACCCUCUGCUGGUUGGGGUUCCCACCUCCGAAAACCCUUUCAAGGACAAGAAGCCCUGCAUCAUCCUAUAGCCGCGCUGCGCUCCUCUUGCCAUCACACACACACUUAUACACAUGCACAUACAGACACACAUGAGUGCACACAUUCAGUACUUAAAUUGAUCCCCAGACACACACACACAUGCAAACACACACUUCAAGCAGCCCAUCUAGCCGACACACACACUCUUACAAACACUCCCAAAAUAGCCACUCUGGAAAAGCGCCAUACCCCGGAGCCACAGCUAAGGGGCAGGUAUCUUCUGUUCACAGUGGCUGAGAUCAGUAUAUCACUGAGUAUGAUCCAAGGUGCUUUGGUAAUAUUCAUAUAUGCUGGUAAAUUAACUACAGCUUAACUUGAAAAGGGAUUUGGACAUUAAUAAUCAGUAGGAAACCAGGAUUUCUUUUUCCUUUUGUCAUGAAAUGAGGGGUUGGGUAAAGGAUGGACAGCAGUGCCAUAGGCAAGGAGUGGGAGGAUGCAUGUGGGCAACACAAAUGGGCGGUAGGCGCUCCUGCCGACUGUGCCAAACACGACCUGGUGUCCCAUUAAAAGCUCAAUAAAAGCUUCUUUUUUUUUUUCUUGUGGGUGUAUUAAAAGGUCUCAGAGCUUUGCCCACGAACCUGCCUGUGCUAAAACAUGGCGGGUAUUUUUGGAGCGAAAGCCUUUGCCUAUAUCGGGCUAGCAUGUUCCCACCCAAACCUGUAUCAACAGACCUUCUCUGCCUGUGGCCUCACUGCGGCCGUCUGCAGCCUUUGGCCAAACCUCCAGCCGUGCCAACCUGUACAGAGAGUCGUCUCUAGAUGCUGAUCUGCUGUCACCGAUUCCACUGCAGUUCAUUAUGGCUGCAGUUGGCUGAAAUCGAUGUCUAGGCUGACCUCAGAUCUGCACCUAUGAGGGGAACAUAGUGAACUGCUCUACACAGAACUCAAGCUAUUAACCCUGGACGUUUACUGCAUUUUUCUUAAGAAAUACUUGUUUGUGAACUCAAUGUAUGUUUUGAUAUUUUGUUGAAGCAUUACUUAACAGAUAAGAUAAUACUUUUUUUAUUGUUUUGCUUUGACAUAGGUGUUGCCCCUGGCUGAUCGGGUUUCUCUUCGCGUUAAAUGCUAGUAUUAAUGAAACGACAGGAGAUCUAGUUGUAAGCCAGGGGUAAUACCUAACCAGAUACCUGCUAGGAUCUUAAACAAAAAGUUUCUACUGUACAUCAAGCCUCCCUGUGCUUUACCCUGAGAGAGGGCGAGGUCGCAGACUCAACCACACCCGAGAAUCAGUCUGCAAGGACUGCAAGGCUGGAGGAGAAAAUCUUUUCAAUUGGCAGUUUUUAUAAGGUAAAGGGACGAGAUGUAUUGCACUGGAUAGUGCAAAGAUGGAGGUGCUUGUUUUUGUUUUCCUCUACAGUAAAAAAGGGGGAUAUGUCCUGUUUUAACGCAUAACAAUUCUGGCUUUAAAUCGGAUUAGAAUAACCAGCUUCACCAGUCAGGUUUCCAGCCUCCCCCUGCAGAAGAGCUCGCUUUAAUGUGAGCUCAGACUGGUCAGGGAGUGGAACCGCAGUCCGCUCUCGGCUUCCUCUUCCCUCGUCUCCUCCACGAUGCUCCUCCUCUCUGACAAACCAAACUUGAUUGUAAAAGCUGAAGAUGAAGUGAAAAAAAAAUGAAGUCAAGAGAAACAAACUAAGUGUAUAAACUUUCUUUCAGACGUGCAGAAGUGAUAAGUUGAAGAGUAGCUGUUUUGGGUUUAUUUUUUGAGUUUCUUCUUUCUAUGGAGUCCAUGGAACCUGGUCAGUUGAGUAUUACCCUGUACAGUGUUUGUAAGAUACAAAAUCUAAACACAGAAUCCCCUUCUGUGGGUGUUGGAUUUUUUUAGUACUACUUAUUCUGUUUCGUCAGUCAGGAUCAUGUCUGUCUUCAUUUCUUACUUUUAUUAUUAUUGUUUUUUUGUCAUUCAGGUUUUAGAGGCUUACGAUAAGGGAGGAUGGUUUUAACCACCGAUACAAACACCUGAUAGAAACAAAAGCCCUGUUAGGUUUAGGAUCGUAUCCUGUUAGAGGAUGAAUCAACAUCGGACCUCAUUCCAGUGGCAAAAACCAACCUCCUGAUCUAUCCUUUAACACCAGAGCAGCCCUCAGUUUUUUGGUGGGCGACAGGCAACUAGGACAACACACACAUAACACACACACACACACACACUCUCUCUCACAGCUGUUUUAAGUUUGACUGUCAGAGGUCAAAGGUUUAAGGAGUGGCCAGGCUGGGUAUUGAGAGCUGCUUGUGACGGUUAAUUGCUGAAAGAAGGGAGCUUUGUGACAUCAUAUUUACAUUUGAGCAUUUAGGCAAGGCUUUUGUCAGGAUUAACGCACAGUGGCAGGGCAGGGUGGAGUCUGUUAGACAGGACUUAUGGCUGCUGAUGGACUGUUGAGGAGUUGAACCCACUGCUUCUCUGUUCUCUAAUCACUAGGUCAAUAUGUGACACCUGGUGCACUGACUCCUGGGAGUCAGGAGGGCUUUUCUUGGAAGUCGUGAGAGGUGAGCAGUUGUUUGGUGUGUGCACAUUUUAAAGUGCAGACGGUCCACUGGGGACGCCACGCAAAAAUACCUGCGUUGUAUUUAGUCCUGGAAGUGUGCAAAAUUUAAAGCCUUUAAGAAUUUGUGAACUUGUCUUUAAAGGAAUAGUUCGACAAUUUAGGUACGCUUAUUUGCUUAUUUGCCAAGAGUUAAGUGAGAAGAUUGAUACCAGUGUCACUGUGAACUCCCAUUUUGAAGCCUUGAGUUUGGCAUUUUGGCCGUCACCAUCUUGGAUUUUUGGAGCCACAACUGACUCAAGGUGACCUGGAUGAAUUUAAAUGGGUGAGUUAUAUAAAAAUACACCCUCCGCCAGUUGUCCUGAAUGGGGAGCUAUUGAGACCAAAUUGUACCAGGCUGUAAACAUGUUCAUUUCUGCUGUGAAGUUGGGCAUUUUAACAUGGGGGUCCAUGAGGAUGUGCUCGCUUUUGAAACCAGCCUCAAGUGGCACUUCUGCGUUGGCUUCAUUUUCAGCUCUGGAGGUUGCUGUUGCUGGACACAGUGGGAGACAGCUAGCCUGGCUCUGUCCACAUGUAUCAAAACCUCUAAAGUUCAUCAAAUUAACAUGUUAUAUUUAAUUUGUUUAUUCAAAGUAGUGGUUUUUGGGUAAGGUUAAACUUUAGAGGCACCGAUUGGACACAGCUAGGCUUUAUAUUUCCCUGUUUCCAGCCCUUAUGCUAAGCUAAGCUAACAGGCUGCCAGUCUUGGAACCCAUUGGCUAUCGGUGUGACGAUGAUAAGAGUCUUGGGGCAAUGGCCGAUAUUUUUGGAGAGCAAGCAAACAUCCGAGCCAAGAUUUGCUCUUCAUGUGCCCUCAUCAGUAAACGGAUAUGUUCAUAUUAAUGCAGAUGUAAGCCUGUUUAUCCUAAUAAAGCUAAUACAAAGCUAAAUUGUCAUCAGACGUCAGCCAGUGGGUUUCUGAGAUUGCAUUUUGGUCAACAUGUUUCGCCUCUCUACACCGACUGUUUACCUGCUGCUUAAACGUUAUUGGUCUAUGCUACUGUACGUCAAACGGAAACUAGAACACUUCCGAUACCAAAAUCUUGUCCACUAUGCUACAGAUUCUGCAUACAUAUGCUGAUAUAUGUUCAUAGAGAUUAAGGCUGCUGGCUGUAGCUUCAUAUUUGCCCUACAGACGUGAAAGUGAUAUUGAUCGCCUCAUUUAACUCUCAGCAAUAAAGCAAAUAAGUAUAUGCUUUAAAACUUGACUAUUAUUAUUUCUUAAAAAAAAUACAACUUUGCAAUUCAAUUCAAGGCUAAAUUGCUAAUUAACAUCACUGCUUGCUCACUGUAGGCGAUGGUUCCUGCUGCAAAGCCCUGUUUCAUUUCUCAUUUGCCUUUGUUCCAAACAGAGGCGGUUUCCAAAGUACAGAGAGAGCAGGAGCUGGAGAAAGGCCAGAGAGGGCUGACUGUGUGUGUGUGUGUGUGUGUGUGUGUGUGUGUGUGUGUGUGUGUGUGUGUGUGUGUGUGUGUGUGUGCGUGCGUGUGUGUGUGGGUGCCGGGUGCUAGUGUUUGGUGGCUGAAAAGGAUGAUUUGGCAGAGGAGUAGGCGGAGAAGAGAAAAUAGAGGUGCACGCAUGCGAGUGUGUGUGUGUGUGUGAGUGCAGACACAGUGUGUAAGAGCACACAGUGCCUCCAGUGUCGCAUAGUAAUGUUACAGUACUGCAGCCCUGCAAUUCCAGGUCAGGGCAAGUCUGACCGGAGGAGAGGUCAUGUGACGCUGUGUGAGUCAGAGCAGCAUGCAUGGCCUCCACACACUCCAUCUAUCUGUCAGAUGCUAGUGUGCACAUUCUGCAGAAGAAGGAUUCAGUCACAAGCUCAAAUCAUUCGGUUGACGUGUGGGAAGCUAUUUUUGAUGUGAUGACCAAUAAUAACCCCAAACAACCCACAAAGCUUUUUUCUGUUUAGCUCGAUGUGUGCCUGACUCAGCUACAUUGUACUCGCUGCAGUUUAUUUUCACCACUCAUUAAAGCCUUAGAGACUGAAAGGACUGGUUUGACAUUUCAGAAAAUACGUUAAUUCACUUUUUGCAGAGAGUCAGAGGAGAGGAUCAAUACUACUCUCACAUUUGUCUGCUCAAUAUCAAGCAAAAGCUGGGACCUACUAAGCAGGGGGAAGUAGCUAGCCUGGCUCUAUCCAAAGGUGUCUGACUCAUAGAUGUAUAAAGAGAACUGGACACUGCAUUAGAGGCAGGGCCCGUUCAUUCCUAUAGAAGUUGCUCAGUGGUGCUUGACGCCAAAAAAAUUCGACUUCCUAGAUAACCUGCAUCAUUGGGCCGACAGAGCAAGCCACAGAUGUAUAAUAAGGAGUAGAUACCAGACCACAAGAUGGCCUAUUCAGUCCAAUAAACUGCUCAACUGGCGCAUGCACCCAAAAGUUUCUAGCUUCCAGGUUUACUUCCACGUUACGCGGCCCACUGAAUAUGCUCAGUAGUGUUUACAUUAUAGACUUUACGUUAUGAUGAUGUCACAGAUUUUUAAAUGGAUUUUCUCAGCUCCAGGAAAGUUUUACAAAUAUAAAAUCUCCAUGGAUUAAAAGAUUCGGAAUUGACCUUGUUUGCAGUUUGAGAUGUCCUGUCAACAGUUUUACAGAUGUUUCUUGUACAUCGGUUGUCUAUGGGAAAAAUGUUUUUCGUGGGCUGCAGGAGAUUUUUUAGCUGCAGUACUGCAAGUGGACACUGGCUGCGAGGCUGAGCAGUGUUCCUGGGGGCCUGGAACAAGCGCACUACAAACUUUCGUGAGCAGAGCAGCAACUUCUGCCAGCCGAAUUCUAAUUUCAAGUUUAGCUCUCCGCUAACCUGAACAGAAAUACAAUUAUUUAAUGGUUUAGCUCUUUUAUCGGGACUGAAUGGAUCAAAUCCCUCUAGUGAAAUUAGUAAUUUUGCAGAGGUUGUGAUGCCUCUAAAACUUCGACGUCUCUUUCACAAUGUAAUUCUAUUGAAAAAAGUCUUUUUGGGUUGAAUGGCAUCACGUGACGGACCUAGAAGUUGUAAUUCCACUGGCCUCUAUAAAAAUUGCCUGGCACACUUCCUGGGGGCUUGGCCUAACUUCUGUUACACAACUCAGAAGUUGUGGUUUCACCUCUGUGCUCAGCACAGAGCUAGGCUAGCUGUUUUUAUUUAUUUAUUUAUUGUCUUUAGGCUAGGCUACGCCAACCAGCUGCUGGCUGUAGCUUCAUAUCUAGUAAACAGGUAUGAUAGUAGUAUUGCCAAAAGUUCAUUAACAUUAUUUCCAAAAUGUCAAACUAUUCCUUUAAAUUAUUUAAAUCCCUUUAUCUAAUUUGUCGAGAUAAUUGAAGAGACAGUUGGACCUGAUUUAGGCUAAAUAAAUGGUGAGCUUUCAUCAAAAGAAACCUGAGUGCAGGCUGCAGUGACAGGUAGGAGAUAAUCUAAGUUUCUUUUCCCCAGAAUUGAGGACAUAACUGAUUCGCUGUUUGUGUUCAGGAAAGGAAAGGUAGGCCCUUGUAAUGUCUUUGCAAGGUGCAGCUAAAGUCAAAGAAGAUUACAACUGCAGGAGAUUCACACAACAUGAAACAAGCAUGCAUACAUAUCAGCACACACACACACACACACACACACACUGAUGUUGUCCUGGAGAUGUCUGACAGAUGCUAUUUUAUAUCAUUAUUGUUUUUUCAAUCAUUCCAUCGCUGGUUGGGCUUAAAGAUCAGAGACAGCCGGCCUGUAUCGCUGGUGUGGCUGACAGUUUGUCUGAUUGGUUGGUUGUUAGUUUGCCUUAUAGUGGCGUAUAUUGUGUUAAUGCUGGUCUUGGGGGUUAUCAGAUCAACAGAACGAACAGUGUUAAAGUAGAACACACGGCUCGAGAUGGAAAUCCACUGGUGUUGUGACACAAAGCGAGCCUGGGGAAAUUCAUUUCAGGUCAGGUGGGGAGAGUCGAGGCUCCUCACUGGUGGACUUUGAAAUCAAACAUCACUGAAUCGGCUCUGAGCCCUUCCCGAGACUCAUCUUUUGUGUUCUGAUCUCCUGUGUAUGCAUACAGUAUAUGUAUCUUUUUGCCUUGAUUGAUUAUGAAGAAAAUAUAUCUAUUUUUUGUAACUGUUCUCUGAUGUGCCAUAACUCAUGUUUUCUUGCACACUGUUAAUAUUUUGUGGAUAUUGCUGUUAAAAAGAUGAUAUUGAGAAGUAGAUAACAUUAAUAAAAAGAU